AUGGCCAAGAAAUUCGACCCUAAUGAGAUCAAGUACAUUUACCUCCGCCAAACUGGCGGUGAGGUUGGCGCCUCUUCGGUCCUUGCCCCAAAACUGGGGCCGCUGGGUAUGUCACCCAAGAAGGUCGGUGACGAUAUUGCAAAGGCGACUAUGGCCUGGAAGGGGCUGAAAGUUACGGUUUGCCUGAAGGUGCAGAAUCGUCAAGCUACGGUGGAGGUGAUGCCUUCGGCUUCGUCUCUGAUUAUUAAGGAGCUUAAGGAGCCCCCAAGGGACAGGAAGAAAGUCAAGAACAUUAAACAUAACGGCAACCUCACACUGCAGCAGGUCUUCCAGAUCGCACGCACAAUGCGCUCCAAGUCGCUUGCUCACGAGUUUGCGGGCACGGUUAAGGAGAUCUUGGGCACCUGCGCUUCUAUUGGCUGCACCGUUGAUGGCAAGGCACCUACUGCUGUCCAGGCAGAGAUCGACUCUGGGGAAGUUGAAGUGCCGUCGGCGUAG